AGCUGAUGGUAAUGGCCACUGUCGCUCCUAGUGAUCAGUAUUUGAGGCGAUUUUAUCUUAAAGAAUGCUAACUAUUGCAUUAGACCUGCUGAUACCUUCUUGGUUUGAACGGGCAAGCGUUUUAAUCUCGCGAUUCCUGCAAGUGUUAAAUCUCGUGUUAGGACCACGGGGUCCUGUGGAAGAACCAACCUGCAAGAACAUAAUUAAGAACCCAUCACUUCCACAGCAAUGAGCACCAUGGGAGGAGGUGCGUGAGCGCCUGAAACCAUACGCUGAAUCUAAAUAACUGAGGUUAGAGAAGCUGGAAGAUUUAAUGACCAUGACGAACUUUAAAUUGAAUAAAAACAUCUGUGCGUAACAGCUGUUGGACACGAUUCCAGACUACAUCCUUUGCAAGCCUGAAGCUUUGGGGUUAAAUCGUUGUUACUUAAUGGUGCAACAUUCGACCCAGUUGUCCGCGCAUUAAAUAAAAAUGAAGAUGAUUCAACGCUGAUUUCUCUACAAGUAAACCCGUCCCUAUCCCAUCCCCGGCUCACCAUGAUGCUUUGGAGCAGACCCAGACCUUACCGGCGGAUGAUACUCUGUUUGUGGUUGCUUAUUCUUGCUCUCUCUGUGGCCACACUUAUGGAUAUAUUGUUUUGGGAUGAAACACAGACAUCGCCCAGCUCGCCCCGGCGUCUGCACCAUCCGCGUCUCUCCGGUCCACCAGAGUUGGAGGUGAUAUUGGACUCCCGAGACCGUGCCAAAUCGAACCAUGAUUUCGGUCUAACACCGCUGAGCUCGCUGCAGGAGGACCAGCUUCUUUUCGUGCCCUCGACUCAGGUGAGGAACUCUGCUUCGCCGCCGAGGACGGGAAGUUACCGGGUGAUAAUAUCAAGCGCAAAGAAGGAAUCCGCGGUCCCGGUGCUACCGACACACGGGUAUAUGGGGAGACCAGUACGGCUGACGCUGGGUGGGCUAGAGAGUGACAUGGAGAAGUCUGCAUUGCAGAAAUACGGCUUCAAUGAGGUGGUGAGCGAGCGGAUUUCCCUGCGGCGCAGACUUCCCGAGACUCGUGAUAAGAAGUGUCUUGAGGAGCGUUACAGCCAGUCCCUGCCGUCCGCAAGCGUGGUGAUCUGUUUCCAUGACGAAGCAUGGUCCACACUACUGCGCACCGUGCAUAGCGUGCUUGACACAGCGCCCAAAGAGCACCUAAAGGAGGUCCUCCUCGUGGACGACCUUAGUCAACACGGUCACCUGAAGAGUGUGCUGAGUGAAUACGUGUCAAGGCUGAGGGUGGUUCGUCUGAUCCGAAGCACGAGGCGCCUGGGCGUGGCAGGGUGUCGCUCUCUGGGUGCAGCCCGGGCGUUAGGGGAGGUGCUGGUCUUCAUGGACUCACACUGUGAGUGCCACAGUGGGUGGCUGCAACCCCUACUGGAGAGAGUGGCACUGGACAGGACCAGAGUGGUGUCCCCCAUUAUAGACAUAAUAGACUGGCAGACGUUCCAGUACAACGCCACCCAGUGGCCACAGAGAGGAGUGUUUGACUGGAGACUGGACUUCUACUGGGAAACUUUGUCCGAACAGAAACGCCAGCAUUCACCAGUGGAACCUGUCCGGAGUCCGGCAUUGGCUGGCAGUGUUCUUGCAAUUGACAGACACUUCUUCCAGAGCGUGGGAGGCUAUGAUCCAGGCAUGCUACUCUGGGGCGCAGAGCAUACAGAGCUUUCCAUUAGGGUGUGGUUGUGUGGGGGCUCCAUGGAGGUGGUCCCCUGCUCUAGGGUGGCGCACCUGGGGCGCCACCACCCGCCCUACCUCCUCCCCGACCAGGAAAUCUUGCAGAGGAACAAGAUACGUAUUGCAGACAUCUGGCUAGAAGCCUACAGAAAGAUCUACUACAAAAGAGACACGCUGGCUCAUUUCAUCAGGCAGUCUGAGAGUCCUAACAUUACAGAGCGUGUAAGGCUGAAAAAAAGCCUGGGCUGCAGAAGCUUCCGCUGGUUCCUCUCUAACAUAUACCCUGAACUCCAUGUACCCCAGGACAGACCUACCCUCUCAGGGGAGCUGUACAAUGUUGGCACUGGCUAUUGUGCAGAUUACCCCAGAGGGCGGGGUCCAGAGGGCGGGGCUAUGAGCGUAGCACCGUGCAGUGGCAACGGCUAUCAGCACUGUGAGCUGAACUCCUUGGGAGAGGUGCGUUGGGGGCCAGCAGGGCAUUUGUGUUUCAAUGCCCAGGAGGAAAGGGUGGUAGUAACACCUUGUUUGGCAAACCAAUCACCACCAAACAAACCACAGUGGAGGAUCAUCAAGCUGACUGGCCAGGUCAUUCACUUGCAGACACAGAGAUGUCUAGAAGCUGUGAAUGACGAGAAGGAUGAACAGAAGGACACAGGGGAUCACCAAAGAGGGGCUCCCCAGGCCGGUUUGUUCCUACGCCCCUGUGCCCAUCACCCCCGGCAACAGUGGCAUUUCGAGCAACUGGUCGUCCCCUAAAUGGGCCUGAGACUGUCAUUAAAGUGAGGUUUACAAUACAUCGCCAAAUUAUAGAAACACAAUAUUAUUGAAGAGAACACGUUCAAAAGUGGGCCUCUGUGGGAAAGAGAUCUAGGGCUAAAUUAAAUCAACCAAAAACAAUGCUUGUGUAAGUAUGUCUGUAUGCUCUUAGCAAGGCAUUUUGGAAUCUGCAUCUUGGUUUCAUUGAUUCCUGCAUUUAAAGUAUUCUGUUGUUGUUGUAAAAACAUGGUUUAUUGAAAAUGUUUUAGGAGAGGGCUGCUCAAUCCUGCUCUUGGAAAGCUACUAUCCUGUUGGUUUUCUCUUGAACCCCAGUUAUGACUAAAUUCACACAGGGUUUCAUACAGCUGAUUAUUCAAAUCAGAUGGGCUCAAUUAUGAAAACAGUAUACAGGAUGGUACCUCUCCAGGGACAUGAUUAAGCAGCCCUGAUGUAGAUAUAAAUAUAUAUAUUUAACCAUAAAUAAAAAUAUAAAAAGCUGUAUGUAAGCUGUAUUAUUUUUACAAUGCAUUUUUACAAUGCUACACAAAGAAAUAUUGUCAUGAAAUUGCUUUUAUGAAAAUGACAUUUUGGAUGACUUAUGAACUAUUUUGUUAGUGUAAAUAAUCCACAUUUGUCAUUAUGAAUAAAACAUCUAACGUUUCAGUAUUAUGGGUAAUUAAUGUUUCAAUAAAUAAAUGUAGCUUGCUCUGUAGUAAACUAGGCCCACCCAGUUCAGACAGCACAGGUCAAUAUGCUCAUUGAUAUACAAUGUUACAUCUUUAUUGUCAGUUAUUACCAG